AUGCUCAGCGGUGCCCAGCUCUCCAAGGCCCUGCGCGUGCCCCACGCGCCCGAAGGCUCGCGCGCCGAGAACUACCUCCUCAACCACGACCUGCAGCCGGUGCGCCGCGAUGCCCGCGCAUGGACGGCCAAGUCGUACGCCGCCUUCUGGCUCGCCGACGGCUGCAACAUCAACGUGCUUAUGAUUGCCGCCUCUGCCAUGACGGCGGGACUGACGUGGUGGGAAGCCCUCGUCUCGACGGCCAUCGGCUACAGCAUCUCGGCCGUCUUUGUCGUCCUCAUGGCCCGCAUCGGCGCCACGACGCACUGCAGCUUUCCCGUCGUCACGCGUGCAAGCUUCGGCCUCUUCGGUGCGCUGUGGCCAGUGCUGAACCGCGCCGUCAUGGCAUGCGUGUGGCAGGGAGUGCAAGCCUUCAUCGGCGGCAAGUGUGUCACCGUCACGCUGCGCUCCAUCAUCCCGAGCUACUACAACAUGGCCAACCGUCUGCCAGCCUCGGCCGGCGUCUCGUCGCGCGACCUCCUCUCCUUCUUCCUCUUCGGCCUCCUCAACCUCGUCUGCGUGCUGCCGAGCCCGCAGAAGAUUCGACACCUCUUCACCGUGAAGGCCGUGGUGGCGCCCAUCGCACUGAUCAGCUUCCUCGCAUGGACGCUGCACGACGCAGGCGGCCUCGGCUCCGUCAUCCGCGAGCCCGCCACGGUGCACGGCAGUCAGCGCGCCUGGGCUUUCGUCGGUGCCGUCGUCUCAUGCGUCAGCAACAUGGCCACCGUCGUCACGAACCAGGCAGACUUUGCGCGUCUGGCGAACCGCCGCUCGGCCGUCUUGUGGCCACAGCUCGUCAGCGUCCCGCUCGUGUUCACGGUCACGGCGGCGUUCGGCAUCCUCAUCGCCGCCGGCGGACAGGUCAUCACCGGCACGCUCGAGUGGGACCCGAUCAGCCUGCUCAACGCCCGCCUCGACUUCGACCCGUACCACUCUGGCACGCGUGCUGCCUGCUUCUUCAUCGGCUUCUCCUUCAUCAUCGUGCAGCUCGGCGUCAACAUCGCCGCCAACUCGCUCUCUGCCGGCUCCGACCUCACGGCGCUGCUGCCUCGCUACAUCAACAUCCGCCGCGGCAGCAUCCUCUGCUGGGCCAUCGGCAUGGCCUACUGUCCCUGGCACGUGCUCUCCUCGUCGAACAACUUCGCCACGUACCUCUCGGCCUACUCGCUCUUCCUCAGCUCCAUUAUCGGCGUCAUCCUCGCGGACUACUACGUGCUGCGCCGCGGCUACUUCAACGUGCCGCGCCUCUUCAGCACGCACGACGACGCCGGCAACGGCCUUAGCCCGUACUACUUCGCAAAGGGCAUCAACCUGCGUGCCUUUGCCGGAUACAUCGCCGGCAUCGCCACGUCUGUCACUGGCUUCGCCGGCGUGCUCGGCGCCGAUGUCUCCACGGCAGCGCAGCACAUCUACACGCUCUCCUUCUUCAUCGGCCUGCUCGUCUCCGGCGGCAUCUACCUCUUCGCCUCGUGGCUCUUCCCCGUGCCCGGCCAGAUCUCCCUCGCCGAGCGCAAGGUGUGGCUCGAGCCGCGCGGCGCGACCGGCUGGGAGGAUGCCUACUGGACCGGCGCCGUCGCUGGUGCCGGCGCCGCUGCCGACGAGGAGGCAGCCAGCAGCGUCGACGAGAAGGACGCGGCUGUCAAGGAGGCGCUGCCGCAGCAGCAGGUCAACACCGUCUCGUACUGA